GCGGCAAAGCACAACACAGGCAGCCGCCCGAGCACGUGUCGCCGGUCGCGCCUCGCGCGCGCGCGCGCAUGGCAGCCCGGGUGCCCUCCGCCUCCGCCUCCUCCUUCCCGCCGCGCAGCCAUGGCAUGCCCUUGGGCCGGGCGAGGGCGCCGUCGCCAUCGCCGUCUCUUAUGCCGCGGCGUGGCGCGGUGCGGCGACUCCGGCCCGUCUUGGCGCACAACGGCCACGGCGGCGGCGGAGACCCGAGCAGGAUACUCGACCCGCUCGCCACGCCAUCCCAGAUUCUCGGCCUCGACGCCUCGGCCUCCUACUCCGCCGCGGAGCUCAAGGCCGCCUUCCGCGCCCGGGUAAAAGAAUUUCAUCCAGAUGUUUGCAAGGACACAAAGAAUGCAGAUUUAAUAAUGAGAAGAGUUCUUGAGGCCUAUGAGAUAUUAUCUGGUAACCAAGGAAUGAUGAUCAAGAGGAACAAUGUUGACCCAUUUGAUGAACCUGAGUGUGAAGUUUGUGAUAUAUUUGUGAACGAACUUCUUUGCAUUGGCACCGGAUGCCCAUAUUCUUGUGUUAAAAGGGCACCUCAUACAUUUGCAUUUGCAGAUGACACUGGUACAGCACGUGCAAUAUCUCAAGGUCAUGAUAAUGAUUACAAUGUCCAACUUGCUGUCGGGCAAUGCCCAAGAAAGUGUAUAUGCUAUGUCACGCCUUGCCAACGCAUUAUUUUGGAGGAAAUUCUUGCUAGUGUGUUGAUGACUCCAUACGACCUCUCUGAAGCAGCAGUUCUGGAUUCUCUCUUAUCGAAAGCAAUGUUCGAGAAUAACAGGUACAAGAAGCCCAAAAAGGAAACGAAAUCAUCUUCAGAUUAUGUCGACUGGAUAUGAUCCACUUCCACUCUAAAAGCACCGUUAAAUGGUUCAAGAUGUAUUGUUUAUACUGUAAAUAAAUACUCUGUAUUAUUGUAGGGAAACUGUAAGUGCUAGUAGAUGUUUUGUGUAGAAUGUAUGUUCUAAAGUGUGUAGAAUGGAACCACUAUAAAGCACUCAAAAUUUGUGUAGUUUGCUGAUCGGCAUCGCAAAAACAUGCCACAAUUGAAGUACACUCUAAGAAGUUGGUAAUUUUUUGGAGGACAUCACAA